UUCAACUCCUAAAAAAUGAUUUGCAUUCAGGAGGAGAAAGGAACUUUCUAGCGUGUGCUCUAAAUGAAAUAGUGCGGCUGAGAGCGCAUGCGUGAGAAGACGACUCUGGAAGAAAGACAGGAAGACAAUCAGGGGUGAUAACAACAAAAAGUUUGAGCGAAGACGCCGUUUCGUGACUGAAAAUGAAGCUGGAGGAGGAGUGGUGAACUCUUGAUGGGGGGUUCUUAUCUGAAGUUUAUCACCGCGGGCUAAGGAUCAACUGAAGGUCUGGACCAAAGAGCAAUCAAACCUGCAUUCAUAUCAGAUGGAGGUGGAUGGAGCAGACAAGCGCCAUCGCACACGCUCGAAAGUGCCCUUGGAACCAGCAAUACAAGAGCUGUUCAGCUGCCCAGCACCUCUUUGUGAUGGGAGUGGGCACAUCAGUGGAAAAUAUGCAAGACAUCAAAGUGUGUAUGGCUGCCCUGUGGCCAAGAAGAGGAGAACACAGGACAGACUGCCCCUAGAGCCCAUGGCCAAGAGGAAGGCCUUUCACACACAUGCAGAGCAGCAGCCCAUGGACGACUGCUACCACACAGAGAUGGUCGAGGAGAGAAUCGAGGAAGAAGAAGAAGAAGAGGAUGAAGCAGGAGAAGAGGAGGUGGAGGAACAGGAAGAGGAGGACGAAGACAGAGAAGUCGAAGGAGAGGAGGACGUGGAAGAAGAGUACACGGACAAUGAGGAACAAGUGGAGCAGGACGAAGGAGAUGUAGAGAAUGGGGAGGAGGAAGAAAUGGAGCAGGAAGAAGAGGAUAUGGUAGAAGAAGAGGAGGGGGAGGAAGUAGAGGAGGAGGGGGAGGAAGAUGAGGAUGAGGAUGAACAGGAAGAGGAGGAGGAAGAGGAGGAGGAGGAGGAGCAGCAGCACAAUCAGGAUCAAGCUGGCAAUCAGGUAAAUGGGAUCUACACCAAACCCAGCCCAAUGGUGGAGAAAGACGACAACAACAAUGAUGAAUAUGACAACUAUGACGAGCUGGUGGCUAAGUCUCUGCUCAACCUGGGCAAGAUAGCUGAGGAUGCAGCCUACCGGGCCAUGACGGAGUCUGAGAUGAACAGCAACUCCUCCCAUAGUGCUGAGGAGGAAGAGGAGGAGGAAGAAGAGGAGGAAGAGGAGGAGGAGGAAGAGGAUGAUGAAGAAGACGAGGAAGAAGAAGAGGAAGAUGAGUGUGACAAUGGCUCUAAGAAGGGUGAGCUGAGCCUUGACGUGAACAGUGAUGUAGUAAAGGAGACUGUGGACUCUCUGAAACUGCUGGCCCAGGGUCAUGGAGCUGUGCUCUCUGACAACCUUGAAGAAAGGACAUAUCAGGAAGAUGGAGUGAAAAACGAGGACUGCAGCAGCAUGAAUGGCUUUAUUGGUUAUGGGUGUAAUGGUAAUAGUAGCAGUUGUGCACAAAACAAGCCCACUAGCAAUGGGCAGAUGAUUGAGGAAAGCGACGAGGAGGUAUGCCUGAGCAGUCUGGAGUGUCUACGCAAUCAGUGCUUCGACCUGGCGCGCAAAUUAAGCGAAACAAAGCCGGCCGAGCGCUUCAGCCACAGUCAGGAGAUGCAACAGGACACUAUGCUGCAGCAGGACAUCUAUGGAGAAUGCAAUCAGCAGCAGAACUCAGAGGAACGCCGUGUCUUGGAGCGCAACUAUUCGGACAUGGUCAACCUUAUGAAGCUGGAGGAGCAGCUCAGCCCACGCUCGAAAUCUCUGUCCAGCUGUGCCAGGGAGUAUGAUGCUUACAGAGAUGAGGACACCACAUCAAUCACUUCGGACCGCUCCGAGGACGGCUUCGACAUGACCAAGGGCAACCUGUCGCUGCUGGAGAAGGCCAUAGCAUUGGAAUCUGAGCGGGCCAAGGCUAUGAGGGACAAGAUGGCAUCAGAGGCAGCCAGGAGAGAUAGAUUGCAACUGCAUGAAGAGAACCACGGACUGAGGCUCAGCUGUGCAGAGGAACGUAAAGCCAGACUGCAUCAUGAUGGCCUCAAGAAGCCCUACUACCAUAAAGAUUCCUCAAGGUCAGAGAAGAAAGAGAGUCGAUGCCCAACGCCGGGUUGUGAUGGAACAGGUCAUGUGACUGGGUUGUAUCCUCACCAUCGAAGCCUGUCUGGAUGCCCACAUAAAGACAGAGUUCCUCCAGAAAUUCUUGCAAUGUAUGAAAAUGUUCUUAAGUGUCCUACACCUGGCUGCACAGGGCGUGGCCAUGUCAAUAGCAACAGGAACUCACAUCGAAGUCUCUCGGGAUGCCCGAUUGCAGCCGCUGAGAAACUGGCCAAAGCUCAUGAGAAACACCAAGCCUGCAAUGGAACUAAGUCCAACCAGGCAUCGGACCGAGUCCUGAGGCCCAUGUGCUUUGUAAAGCAGUUGGAGAUCCCGCAAUAUGGCUAUAAGAACAAUGUCCCCACCACCACACCACGCUCCAACCUGGCCAAAGAGCUGGAGAAAUACUCCAAGACCAGCUUCGACUACAACGGCUACGACAACCAGAAUGUGUACGGCAAACGUGCCAUCGCUCCGAAAGUCCAGGGGCGUGACACAUCACCCAAGGGAUACGAUGCUAAGCGAUACUGUAAGAACUCCAGCUCAGCGAGCAGCACCACCAGUAGCUACGCUCCGAGCAGUAGCAGCAGCUUGAGCUGUGGAGGAGCUGCAGGAGCAGGAGGAGGAGGAGCAGGAGGAGGAGGAAGCAGCGCCAGCAGCACCUGUAGCAAAAGCAGCUUUGACUACACGCAUGACAUGGAGGCCGCCCACAUGGCUGCUACAGCCAUCCUCAACCUGUCCACACGAUGCAGAGAGAUGCCUCAGAGCCUGAGCGGCAAGCCACAGGAGCUCUGCGCACGGUCAGAUGAUCUCGAUCCCUUCCAGGACAUUUUAGAGGACACUGCGUAUGCCACCGACGUCGCCAUCCCGAGUCCCAAGCCAAAAUUCGCCCCUUGCAAAGAGAGCAAAAAGGACCUGAUAACUCUUUCAGGUUGUCCUUUAGCAGAUAAAAGCAUUCGGAGUAUGAUGGCUACCAAUUCACAAGAACUCAAGUGCCCGACUCCGGGCUGCGAUGGCUCGGGACAUAUCACUGGAAAUUACGCCUCCCACAGAAGUUUGUCAGGAUGUCCACGGGCUCGCAAGAGUGGCAUAAAGAUUACCCACAGCAAAGAGGACAAAGAGGACCAGGAACCGAUCAGGUGUCCUGUACCCGGUUGUGAUGGACAGGGUCACGUGACGGGAAAGUACGCAUCUCACCGCAGUGCAUCAGGUUGCCCCCUGGCUGCCAAGCGGCAGAAGGACUGUUACAUGAAUGGCACACAGUUCACGUGGAAGACUGGGAAGACAGACGGCAUGUCCUGUCCUACUCCAGGCUGUGACGGCUCAGGUCAUGUCAGCGGCAGCUUUUUAACCCAUCGAAGUCUGUCAGGUUGUCCACGCGCUUCAUCUGCUAUGAAGAAGGCCAGACUGUCAGGAGUGGAGAUGCUUACAAUAAAACGGCCCAGUAAUGGUUUACACAGUGACGAGGACAUUAAACAGCUGGAUGAAGAAAUCAAAGAUUUAAGUGAAUCCAAUUCACAGGUGGAGGCGGAUAUGAUCAAACUUAGAACACAGAUUACAACCAUGGAGACUAAUCUGAAGUCGAUAGAGGAAGAAAACAAGGUGAUUGAACAGCAAAAUGAAUCUCUCCUGCAUGAGCUGGCCAACCUCAGCCAGUCACUGAUUAACAGUUUAGCUAAUAUCCAGCUCCCUCAUAUGAAACCGCCGCUACACAAAGAACCUCCGAUUAGAAAUAACAGCUGUUUACAGUUGCAUCAGCGAGAUCCAAUAAACGAACAGAACUUCGACGCGUACGUAACGACUCUGACGGAUAUGUACACAAAUCAAGAGCAGUACCAGAGUCCAGAGAACAAAGCGCUACUGGAGAAUAUAAAACAAGCAGUACAAGGAAUACAAGUCUAGCCACUCAGCAAACCUCAGAGCAAAGGGGGAAAGAAGGGGACCAUUAGGACACAGGAGAUAUGGGAUCGAAAUUGCCUCAUGGUUUGCUGCUGUAAUUUAGCAGACAGUGUUAAAUAUUCACAUAUGUUCUUUAAAAAAAAAAAAAAAGUGUUAUGCUUACAAUUCAUGAUUUUUAAUUUCUC